AUGAGGGGUGCAGUCAUAUUUAGGGAAGAUUUUAAUGGGCAACAUUUGAAUUUAAACAACUGGGUGAUUGAUGUGACAGCCACUGGUGGUUGGCACAACGAGUUCCAGGUUUACACAAAUGACCUCAGAAAUGUAUAUCUGAAAAAUGGUUAUCUCUACCUAAAACCAACUCUAACUAUUGAUAGUGGACAUUUUACUGAUUACGAUCUUUGGCAUGGUACUAUGGAUGUAAAAAAAACUUGGGGAACAUGUACAAACAAUGGCUCUAAUGGGUGUUAUCGUGAUUCAAAGAAUGGGCUGUUACCACCAACUUGUUCUGGAAAGGUUCAAAGUAAACCAACGCUUAAAUAUGGUACAGUAACAAUAAGAGCUCAAAUUCCCCGUGGUGAUUGGCUCUUGCCAGCUAUGUGGUUGAUGCCUCAGAAAAGUGUGUAUGGUGGAUGGCCAAAGUCUGGUGAGAUUGAUAUGAUGGAGGCAACAUGCAAUGAGUUUAUGGAAUAUGCUAAUGGUCAGAAAGUUGGCGUUCAAAGGGUUACUGGUAGUUUUCACAUGGGACCUGCAUAUUCAGCCGAUCACCAUGUAACUGGAGCUCAGUAUAAGAAACAAGGAGAUUGGCAUGGUUUUCAUACGUACAAAUUGGAGUGGACUCCCGACCAUCUUAUAUUAUAUGUAGACGAUCUUAUAAUCACCAGAAUUGAUAUACCUAAUGGAUCUAACGUUUGGAAGCAUUUCAACUUCCAUGGCAACAAUCCAUGGACACAUGGCUCUAAAAUUGCUCCAUUUGAUCAGGAGUUCUAUUUGAUAUUGUAUAACUCUGUUGGUGGAGCUACGGGUAUAUUUGGUGAUAGUACUAAAUACGCCUAUCCUAAACCAUGGAAGAAUAAUGCAACAAAUCCCCAGGCAGAUUUCUGGAACGGUAAAAACCAUUGGUUACCAACGUGGCAUGGUGAUGAUGUGGCUAUGCUUAUUGAUUAUGUUGAAUUCAGACAUCUAUAA